AUGUCAGCCCCUGAGAAGUCCAAUUCCCGACUUCGCAUUCCGCUACAUCAGCUAGUGCUCUCCCAAAACACAAUCACAGACGACAUCCUUCAUCACCAAUGGGAAGGCAGUGGCACAGAAGAAGAUCCAUAUCUGGUUGAAUGGCUCGUUGAAGAUCCCAGAGAUCCCCAUCAGAUGCAAGACUGGCUUAAAAUGACGAUCACCUUACUACAAGGAGUCUCUUUCUUUUCCAUCACAUUCGCUUCCUCUGCGCUUUCAGCAGCCAAUCCCCAAAUUCGGAAGGAAUUUGGGACCAGCGCUGAGUUGAUCGUUGCAGACACCUCACUUUUUGUUCUUGCUUUCGCAAUCGGACCGGCAAUAUGGGCCCCCUUGUCUGAGAUAUUCGGUCGUCAGAUUAUCUAUUUUAUCACUUAUGGCUUGACUACAGUGCUGGCCGGAGCAACAAUUGCGAGCCCAAACAUCGCCACACUGCUUGUUCUCCGUUUCCUCACGAGUGCGUUCGGCUCUUCGGCAAUUUCCAAUACUGGCGCUGUGAUUUCGGAUAUGUAUGUGGCCCGGGACAGAGGGAUAGCUACGAUCGCCUAUGUUGGAGCUCCGCUUUUUGGUCCCAGCCUUGGGCCGAUCACUUGUGACUUCCUCGCUGUGUCUCAAGGCUGGAGAUGGGUCCAGGGCCUUAUUACAAUUUUCAGCGGAGUGGUAUUCCUAGCAGGCAGUACCUGCAUUCCGGAAACCUUUGCGCCAGUUCUGUUGCGGAAAAGAGCCGCGAAGCUUACCAAAAUCACCGGAGCUGUGCACAAGAGUCGGCUUGAUGUGAGUGAUGCUCAUCGAACACCUCGUCAGAUCUUCGCCAAAACCAUGGUCCGGCCAUGGGUCUUGCUCUUCUUCGUACCCAUCGUUCUGCUACUGUCUAUCUACAUGGCAAUCAUUUAUGGAACCAUGUACAUGCAGUUCGCCGCUUUCCCAAUUGUCUUUGAAGAUAACCUCAAAUGGCCACAGAGCAUCUCUGGCCUUUCAUUCGUUGGAAUGCUGACUGGGCAACUUCUUGGCUGUGUCUACUCAAGCUUCGAUGACAUCCGCUAUAAGAAAGUAGCUGAUAGCGACCCAUACGGCCGACCACCUCCAGAAGCUCGAUUGAUCCCAGGUAUGGUUGGCUCGAUUACCCUUCCAGUCGGACUAUUUUGGUUUGCUUGGACCAACUUCCCGCAUAUACAUUGGAUUGUAUGUGAGAUCGGAACAGUUCUCUUUGGAUUCUCGCACGUUUCUAUCUUUUUGAGCAUUUUGAACUACCUGGUGGAUGGCUAUACUAUUUACGCUGCAUCCGCUCUCGCGGGGAACGCUGUUAUGCGAGCGGUAUUUGGCGCAGUAUUGUAUGAUAUGACGUUCAUCCUUUUGGAAAUAAAGUUACUGAUCAACACCUCGGGCAGUCCUCUAUUUACGACUCCAAUGUACAAAAGUCUUGGAGUACAUUGGGCGUCCUCAAUCUCUGCUUUUCUUGCCGCUGCGUGUCUCCCAUUCCCCUGGAUCUUUUACAAAUAUGGACCUUCAAUCCGUCGACGAUGCCGAUAUGCUGCUGAAUCCUCGCGUCAGCUGGAUGCCAUUGCCGAUCGAAAGCGAGAACAAGCCGAGUUGAAGGCCAAUGCCGAAAUGAGGCUGGGAAGUGAAGCCGUUUCUGUGUCUAGCUCAAAUGAGCAAUCUGAUAACAAGGAAUCUACGGAACAUUGA